AUGCAUCGUUUUACUGAUAUAGAAUCGACUCCGAAACGACUUACACCAGUCUACGGAUACUUAGCGCAUCAACUAUUACCUCUACAGAAAGCUCUCGAACCUAUCUCGUCUCAGAUCAAUCAACUGGAUCGUUUUAGUAAAAUAGCUAAAAAUGAAUGUCACUUCCCUUCUGAGCAUGGACUUACUCGAGAUGAAUCAGCUGCUGUUUUUCUCUAUACAAUGGAAUGUGGUGAGAAUAGUUUAUACCAAGUCAUUAAUCGUGCUCUUCGUGCUGAGGAUCGAUCAUCAUUAAAGCCAUGGUUUGGCUAUCUUAAGCUUUUUGAUACAGGCGUACAAAAGUUACCUACUGUUCGAAAAAAUCUAUGGCGUGGUGUUCCAACAGAUAUAGCGAAGAACUUUAAAAAAGGAGAUGAAUUCACUUGGUGGACUAUUAGUUCAUGUUCAACUUCAGUUAAUAUCAUUAAAGAUUUUCUCGGGUCCAACUCAACAUUAUUUUUGAUUGAAGCUGUGAAUGGAAAAGAUAUUUCACGGUACACCAAUUUUCCAAGUGAGAGUGAAGUUAUUCUUUGUCCAGGCACUCGACUUCGUGUUGUCAGUGAUCCUCUUGAUCAACCACCCAUGCAUAUAGUCCAUUUACAAGAAGUUACUGAUGAAACCGAGGACCAAUUCACAACCUCUUUUCAUGCAAUGACAGUGACAUCUCCCUCAAAAACUGAAUCUAUGCCUACAUCGGUAAAUGUUCAGUGUCCACACAUUCAAAUUCUAAUUGAUGACUGGGGUAAUAGAUAUGAAGGAGAAUUGAAAGAAGGGAAAAGGCAAGGUAAAGGAAAAAUGGACUUCGCGAACGGCGGCAAAUAUACAGGUGAUUGGGUCGAUGGCAUAAUAACAGGCCAAGGUGUUUAUAUUUGGGCUAAUGGUGAUCGUUACGAGGGACAAUGGAAAGAUGGCAAAAACAAUGGCAAAGGUACAUUUGUUUCGGCAACAGAUGCUAAUGGAGCUAGCAGAAAGUACACAGGCGAUUGGAUCGAUGACGUAAAAACAGGCCAAGGUGUUUACAUUUGGGCUAAUGGUGAUCGUUACGAGGGACAAUGGAAAGAUGGCAAAGAACAUGGCAAAGGUUCAUUUGUUUGGGCACCAGAUGCUAAUGGAGCUAGCAGAAAGUACACAGGCGAUUGGAUCGAUGGCGUAAGAACAGGUCAAGGUGUCUACGUUUGGGCUAAUGGUGAUCGUUACGAGCUGAGAUAUUCACAAAUCACUCAACAGCAAUUGGGACAAUUUAAAGAUGACAAAAAAAAUGGCAAAGGUACAUUUGUUUCGGCAACAGAUGCUAAUGGAGCUAGCAGCAAGUACAAAGGCGAUUGGAUCGAUGGCGUAAGAACAGGUCAAGGUGUUUUCAUUUGGGCUAAUGGUGAUCGUUACGAGGGACAAUGGAAAGAUGAUAAAAUACAUGGCAGAGGCAAAUUGACAUAUGCUAAUGGUACAAUCAAAGAGGGAAUGUGGUCAAACGGCACUUUUGUUGGCUGA